AUCACUCCAUUUAAAGAAACCAAGCAUAAUGUCUUGUUACUAAGUGAUCCAGACGAUGAGGAUCUGAUAUCCGAUACUUGUGAAGACAUUGGUGUCUCUUUGAUUGAAGCGGACUUUACUUGGAAUUCAAAUGCAGUAAGCUAUGCAAACCAUCCUGACACACUCUUGCUGCAAUAUGCAUGGCAUCAAUGCCCUAAUCCAAGAGAGUUACCAGCAGCAGCCUGGGUAGAGAACAAACUGUUCAAGUCGAAAUUUACUGGCUAUAUGUAUCCUGAACGUACACCGAAUGGGAUUGAUUUAUGCGUCUAUUUUUAUGAUGGUCAAAAUGAUGAGCGAACGAAACAAGACUUGCUGUUAUUGUGUACACUUCGAAAGUUGGGU